AUGGGCAAGGGAGUCGACAAGGCGAUCUUCAAUCUUGGUAUUGGAGUCGCUUUCGGAGCGGCAGUAUAUUUCAUUACAGUAUAUUUACGAGAAAGGAGAAAUCGUCUGGAAUCACAAGCUUUAUUCCCCGGUCCAGCUACUCCAUGUUGCCAAGAUGAGCAGCCUUUGUCGUGUUCAGAUAACACUGGAGCCUGCUGCCAAGAUGAAACGCCAGAAAAAGCUCCUGAAUCAUCUGGAGGUUGCGGCACUGGAAGCUGCUGUGGCGGUUCUAGUGCUCCAAAGAAAACUGUCAGAAAGGGGAAGAUGAGAAAAGCUCCCAAAGAAAAACUCGUUGAAAAAGUUAUCUUCUUGUACGCAAGCAGAAGUGGUGCAGCAGAAAAACUCACUGAUGAAGUAAAGGAAUACCUUUCAGCGUUCAAUCAAGGAUUGGAAAUGGUGAAAAUUGAUGCGCAAGAAAUGAGCAUUCAGCAAGUGGAAGAGAUUUUCUGUGAUAAGGGUAGAAACACGCUCUUUGUCUUCAUUUGCGCAUCGUAUCCCGAUGAUGAGUUUGUGGACAAUUUGAAGUCGUUCUUUAGUGAGUCAGCUACAGAUUGGCGUUUUUCGAAAAGUGAGCUGAAAAAGUGUGCGGGCAUGAUCCCAAUUAUCCUCGGGGAUUCUACCUUUGGUGACGACGUUUUCUGCGAGCCAGCUCGUACGAUUGCCCGGCAGUUUUCUCUGCUAGGCGGAUUGCGAACCAAUCACUUUGAAAUCGACAAUUUAAAAGAAAAGCCAGAUGCGUACUUCAAAGACAUUUGUCAGCUCAUUGACGAAACCAUUGGAAACGGUUGCGUCGAAGAGCCAGUCGACGAAGGUGUUGAAACGGGGAGCUCUGAUGAGGAGGCACUGGAGAGCGAUGAAGAUUUGGAGCUUCCUGGAAACAGUUGCAAAAGUGGAAACGUACCGGAUCUCGAAGAUAUAGCAAAUGUAGUGAGGCCCACGAGCAGUCAAGUGAGACCUAGAAGAACGCGCGUGGCGAAAGAGAUGCUCUCAGAUAAGCUUCGUGGUGCACUGUCGAAACAGGGCUACCACCUCGUUGGAAGCCAUUCCGGUGUGAAAAUUUGCAGAUGGACGAAAGCCCAACUUCGGGGUCGGGGAGGCUGCUACAAACACUCCUUCUACGGAAUCGAGUCACAUCGUUGCAUGGAAGCGACGCCAAGUCUCGCAUGCGCCAACAAAUGCGUCUUCUGCUGGCGGCAUCAUACCAACCCAGUUGGAACUAGCUGGCGAUGGGUGACGGACGAGCCGAAAAUGCUGGUCGAUGGAAUGCUCGCUGGUCACAGAGGAAUGGUCAAACAACUCAGAGGAGUACCAGGAGUCACUUCUGAGAAAAUGGUAGAAGCGAUGAAUCCCGUUCACUGUGCGCUGUCGCUAGUUGGUGAGCCAAUUAUGUACCCGAGAAUCGCCGAAUUCUUGGACUAUCUUCACUCACAUGGCUUGUCGUCUUACCUUGUUACGAACGCACAGUUUCCCGAUGAAAUAAAGACAUUGCCUCCCGUGACUCAGUUUUACACAUCGAUCGAUGCAUCCACACAAGCAGAGUUGAAGGCGAUAGAUAGACCACUCCACAAGGACUUUUGGGAGCGAUUCCAACAGUCGCUCCAUAACAUGAAGGAUAUUUGCGGAAGGACAGUUUAUCGUCUGACUCUUGUGGGAGGCUUCAACUUUUUCGAUGCUGACAAUUAUGCCGAGCUUGUCAAACUUGGAGAACCGGAUUUCAUUGAAGUCAAGGGGGUCACUUACUGUGGCACAUCAAAUAACGCUGAAUUAACUAUGAAAAAUGUGCCGUGGCACGAAGAGGUGGUAGAGUUUUGCGAGCAAAUGUGCUCUCAUUUGCCGGAUUAUUCGAUUUCCUGCGAACAUGAGCAUUCAAAUUGUGUGCUUAUUUCGAACCACAAGUAUAAAACAGAAACUGGCUGGAAGACAUGGAUCGAUUAUCACAGAUUUCAACAAUUAUAUGAUGAGUGGAAAGAAAAUGGAACUAAAUUUACGGGACUUGAUUAUUCGAUAGAGACGCCAUCUUGGGCAGUUUAUGGAUCGGAAGAAAGAGGAUUUGAUCCUUCAAUGAAAAGACAUUAUAGAAACAAGAAAAAGGAGGCAAAAGCAAAAGCUAUGGCUGGAGAAGGCUCUUGA